AUGUCGACCAAUGACCACAAUGGAUCAAUUGAUGCCAACGAAGUCUCCCAACGUGUGAAGGACUCGUCAAUCGAAUUGCGGAUAGAAAACAGUCCCAUCUCGACUGGCAACUCCUCGUUCCAUCGCACGGGAAUCGCGUUCCCAGCUGUUCUGCCAUGGCCAGCGUCUGAUCGAUCCUUCUCAAUUGACGAGGCAAAAGUCCUAGUAAUACUUUUGGCAGCAACGUCCGACGGUCUGCAAAGGGGCAAAGAGUUGGGAGCCACCGAUGAAGAUACUGCUUCAAUUUCAGUUCGGCAACAUCGUUGCCAGGUCAGUAUUACUUCACUUCACUUUUACGUUGAAUCCUUAUCGAGUCAUGUCUUGAUCCAAGCAGAAUUGCAUCAUCGACUCGACUCUCUCUCCAACUCAUCAGAAAUGCCAAGUCGCCAGAAAAGGGGGCAGUUACACUUUGGGGCUACCGCGGGGUUCGAUAGUUUGACAAUCGGGCCAAUCUGUCAACUCGGGGGCAUUCGCCGACGCCAAUCAACUCAAGUUCGUCGUUUCCAACAAAUUGUUAGUGCAGCUUAUUUUUGGGUCGUUACUCGCACGACCGUUUCCAGGGACUUGCUUCGUGGUCACGCGGUGUAUGAGGAUGCCACCUGUUCUUCUCUUACGACUGUCAUACAUGCGGCCCUCGAACUGCAGAAUCGUUCAGCGAUCGUCAUUCCAGUUGGAGUUCCUUUCGUCAUUACAUUACCGUCAGCUAUCCCAAGUCUCAGUCCACCGUUGCAACCUGUGUCAGCAGUCGUUCGGACCCAUACAAGUCGUCUGAGUGUUUUUAGACUAGCCUCAUCCGCCCGCUUUCUUUUUCCUUUAGUUACUGCGGAAACCUUCCCCGCACCAUCCGCUCAGGUCAUGGCGUACGAAUCUGAUGCUUUCGCUUUCUGCCAAUCGACUAAGAAUUCAGCCUAA